UGAACUAAAAGCGCAGAGAAAGGUGUUACGUUUGUUUCAGGCUUUUUACCAAUUUUAAUUUUUUUUAAACAUAAUUAGUUAAUGAGUUCAGUAGUAUAAUUAUUUAUUAGUAAAAGUGAUGGAGUUCGAUUGGACUAAUUACUUAGAAGAAACGAAAAGUAUUGCUGUCCCCGAAGAAUUAUUUCCUCAUGUGGAAGCUAGUCUCAAAAAUGGUAUCAAACAGGGCAUGCUUCUCGAAGUAUGCUACAAAAACAAUCCUGAUGUAUACUGGAUAGCUGAAAUCACAAUGGUGUGCAGUCACCUCUUAAGAUAUAAGUUCAUAGGCGCGCAAACCGAUUUUUGGUGUGACAUAUCCUCGACAAAAAUCCACCCAUUAGGAUGGUGUGGAAAACAUGACGAAUUGAUCGAACCCCCAGACGAGGUGAACGAAAGAUACGGCGAUAAACUCAUAGAGAUAAUGCAAAAAGCGGUUAGAGACCGCGAUUCGGUAACUAUUGAAGCGCUCAAUAACAAAGGAUUGUCACCAAUAGAUAGAAUUAAAGUUGGAAUGAAAGUAGAAGUCCAGAAUAUUCUCGAUCCCUACCGAUAUUGGAUUGCCACAGUCCGUGAUAACCUCGGUGGACGCCUCUUACUUGCUUACGACGGCGCUGACGAAGAUUUGACGCCGUUUUAUAUAUUUUAUUGCAAUCCUCGGCUAAGCAGUUUCGGUUUUGUCACAAACAAGGGUUCCCCGUGGCAGUUCAAAUAUCCUGGCAAAGUGAAUAAGUUCUCAUGUAAAAAUAAACUUAGCGCUCAGUUGAGACAGAGCGCCGAGGAAUCUAUCAAAGAACCGACGCCAGCUGAUUUAUUUCAGCCAAACCCAACCUUAGAAGCACACAGUUUCGCAGUGGGCAUGAAAGUGGAAGUGCUAAGUCCAGUAGACAUGAACACAUUCUAUCCAGCAACAGUCACAAAAAUCUUUAAUAAUUUAUAUUUUUUGGUCGUAAUCGACGAUCACAUAGAUGAUUAUGAAGAGACAAAAAUGGCCUGGAUGUGUGAUAACAUGCAUCCUUACAUAUAUCCAAUAGGUUGGGCGCAUCGGAAUAAAUUAGAACUUAGGCCACCCAAAGUUUGGAAAGAAGGACCAUUUGAUUGGGAAGAAUAUUUAUCUAUGACUGCGUCAGUCCCAGCACCUGAUUACUGUUUUGGCAACAAAGACCUUUUAAAGGGCAUCGAAGUAAACAUGAAGUUAGAGGCUGCGAAUCCUCUAAAUCACGAAGAAAUCCAUGUUGCCAAUAUUGUGUCCAUCAUAGAACAUAUGUUAUAUGUAGAACUACUACCAAUUGGACAGAAAUAUUGGUAUUCCCAAGACAGUGACAUGUUAUUCCCCGUGGGAUGGUGUGACAGUAAUAAUUAUGAACUGCACAUACCUGACACAAAACCAAAAGAGCUUCCUAAACCAGUAGAAGAGCUGAAAACAAUUAAAGAGGACCUGAAAACUAGUGAAGAAUGGUGUGAUAGAAUAUAUUUCAAUUACAAAUGUUACGCGGGACCGUCGAUAAGUCGAAAUAAAUUGUCCCAAUUACCAAAACAUGUUGGUCCUGGACCAUUACUACUUGUACUAAAGGAAGUAUUGAAUAAAAUAAUAUCGGCCUCGUACAAACCGGCGAAGUUACUGAAGGAUUGGGAGACGGAAGGACCGCCAGAGGAAGGCAUGAGGCUAGAAAUGCUACGGGCAAAAUUGAAAACGCGACCAUACCACGCCUACGUCCCAAUAGUGACAACAGCGGACCAAGUGGAGUCCUUUUGUAGAGAUGUGUGCGUUAAGCUGCAGGCCUGUCCGACUCUGUUUGGUCCCAUUGAAUACCCAGACCAGUGUCCACACAACUGCCAGCAAGUUGAAAAAUCUACAUUUCAUAAUGGUACAGAACGUCGCGGUAGACCGAAGGGUAGCGUGAACGGUAAAAGAAAAAAGAAAAAGGUUCCGGAAAAAAGGGAGAAGGAGCAACCGCUACAGGAGACAGAGAACAGAGAUGGAGAGUCUGACGUUGAAACGAUCUACGGCAACUCCUGCGCGACCAAACGAACACACGUGGAAAGCGACACAGAGAACGAGACGAAUGCGAGCAGUUGCAAUUCGAGGGACGCAAAAAACAUUUCCGAUGUUUCAGACGGCGAGGAGCCGGAACUGAAGAAACUAAAGUUCAGCACAGACGACCCUCUGCCGUCCAAUAAUAUCGUGUUCGACACAGAAAUGGCCUGGAUUAAAAAAAAACUGUCACGGAACCCUGCGGAGUGGUCUAUCGACGAUGUCCACGAGUAUCUCAGUAAUACUGAAGAUUGCAAAUUAAUAGCUGACAAAAUGAAACAGGAAGAGGUCGACGGCGAGGCGUUUAUAAUGUUAGACCUAGAUGUGAUAACACAUUUCUUGCACAUGAAGAAAGAAUUUGCUUUGCAGCUCUGCAAGCACGUCAGUCUGGUUAGGUGGUAUUAUGAUAAUUUUAACGAGAGUGGUGAAACGUGAUAAUGUUGUUCCUUUAUUAUGUUAUCUAGUCCUCUGUGAGUUUAUUUAAAUAAAUGUGUAAUAUAUUU